CGGUAAUGAGCUGAGUGCGGUUUAACUUCUUGUAACAAUAAGACGAGGAGCAAGACAGACCGGCAGACUUAUGUCAUACAAUCUGAGUUGAAAAAUGAAGACUCUGAUGGUGUUUGAUUUUGACCACACAGUGGUGGAUGACAACAGUGACACUUGGGUGUUAAGAUGUCUGCCUGGCGAGGCACUUCCUGACUCUGUGAAGAAAUCCUACAGAAAAGGUCAUUGGACUGAGUUCAUGGGCAGAGUGAUGAAAUACAUUGGGGACCAGGAUGUCAGCCCAGACAGGGUCCGCAGUGUGAUGGAGACCAUCCCCUUUACAGCAGGAAUGACAGACUUGCUGACUUUAAUACUGGAGAAUAAGAGCAGCAUCGACUGCAUCGUCAUCUCGGACUCCAACGCCCUGUUCAUUGAUUGGAUCCUCCAGGCGUCAGGACUCCAGGCAGCUGUCGAUCAGGUCUUCACAAACCCAGCUAAGUUCAACGAGCUUGGGUACAUGGAGGUGCAGUGCUGCCACUCUCACGACUGCACACAAUGCCCCGUAAACCUGUGCAAGAGGAGAGUCCUGGAGCUGUACCUGUCCGAGAGGUCUGACGGAGGUGUGAGCUACGAGCGGAUAUAUUAUGUGGGGGACGGUGGGAAUGACCUCUGUCCCACUUUCUGUCUGCGAGGGAACGAUGUGGUGAUGCCCAGGAAAGGCUACACCCUGGAGAAACUGCUGUCCAGACUAGAGAGUCAGAAAGAUGACACUUCUCUGAGAGCUAAAGUCAUCGCCUGGAGCAGCGGCACAGAGAUCCUCGAGGAACUGAAAGCCAGUAUGUAGCCUUCAUGAGAGCGUGGAGUUCAAAAUGAAAAGCAUUCAAUUCUGACUCAAAUAUUGCGCUAAUUCAAAUAAUGAGACUUUGCAUGUGAGGGCAAUGCUGCUCCUUUAAAUUUUGAAAAAACACACAAGUCAGUGGUUUUUUAAUUUACAUUUUUUUAAGUUGUAAUUAAUUAUUUCAAUCACUUUUCCUUUAACUUUAACCGUUUGUUGUUUAUCUCUUCUAAAAAUCAACUCAAAGCCCUAAACAUGUGUUUUUUUUUUACCUGAAGCUAUAAUCAAGGCUGUUGUUUUAAUAGUAAGAAGGAGAAAGGGAAUCGAUGCAUCUCAGCCUUAUUACAUCAUAAACACUCAGUUUUUACAUGUGCACUAAUGUAAGACUUGUAGGGUCUUUGUUUUACCUCUGAAAGACACCAGUUACAAAGUGCUUCACCGUCCAAUAAAAAUUAAAAAUAAAAA